GUGCGAGCCGUUCGCAUUACCGGGUCAAUUGAGUUCUGGAUGUGGGAGGCCCUGAGUUCGAUUCUCGGCGGCACCUUUGGUAUCGGAGGCGAAGCCUCCCCGAUGUUGGUAGCAGAAAGCCCCGGUGGGAGGCCCUGAGUUCGAUUCUCGGCGGCACCUUUGGUAUCGGAGGCGAAGCCUCCCCGAUGUUGGUAGCAGAAAGCCCCAGUUAGUAUGCAGGUACCCCUAGUGGUUUAGUAGGCCCCGCGUGGCUGAGGUUCCGAGGGUUAUCAAAAAACUGAAUCAUUCUUUUAUAUUAUCGAAACCUAUUAAAAUGAUAUUAAUUAGCCAAAUCUUUCGUAAUGCAACAAAAUAUAAGCCAUUUUUACUUUAUCGUUAAUAAUUUUGUAACUAUUUUCUUAGUUAAAAUACUAAAGUUUUGGAAUGUUGACCUUAAUGUGUCUCUUCCAAGUCCGUGUCAUAUUGUCAAGUCAAUAUUCCUGACAAUAUUGUUAAAUGAAUAUUAACAUUUGGUUAAUUCUUAGUAUUUCGAUAGGUUCGGAUAAUAUAAAAGAAUCUGAAAAAGAUUUAAAUAAAAAAUAAACAUUACCAUUAAUUUUAAAAUGAAUCAUAAAACAAUUCAUGAUAUUUACAUCUACAUGUGUUGAUCGACACUAACAACUGAGUUAUAAUUCUAAAAAAAAAAAAAGAGAUCGACUCGGUGAACCCAAUAAUCACAUCAAUGUCUUCUCUAUAGACUAUUAAUUCAAUUUUUAUUUUACCAUUUGUAUCAUCUUUUUCACAAUUCCAAACUUUAGUUCCCCAAAAGGGUAAUAACUAAUAAGUCAAGAUUUGCUCCCGGACCACUUAUUUCCCCAGCAACCCACUGAAGGAAAGCUGCUAAAAAUAUUUACUUCUAUGUUACGUUUGUCCUUUACGACUUCUAUAGCAAAAAAACUGAUAAUAUAAUGGCUCUGCGCCUCUGCCCCAAACCCAUCUUCUGCUGUCUGUAAAAUUUUUCUCCAAUGUCGUGGGACCUAUCACCCACUCUUUGCUUCAAACCAAUCUUCCACGCCAAAACUCUCUCAUUAAAAAGGUCCAACCCCUCCUUCAAUCCACUCCACCCACUCCAUCUCUCAGAACCUUAAUUUCUCUCCACAUUUGAAGAUAGCUAGCAAGCAAGCAAGCAAGCAGAGGAGCGAAAUGGCGACCAAGGGAAGAGGCAGUGCAGCAGCAAUGGCAGCGGCGACAUUGUGCCUGUUCAUGUUAGUGUCCGCUCUCCACUUCGAUGUAGCAAGUGCAGCAGCCACGACUUACACGGUUGGAGGCUCCGCAGGCUGGACCUUCAACGUCUCUGCCUGGCCGAAAGGCAAACGCUUCAAGGCCGGUGAUGUGCUUGUGUUCAAAUACAAUCCAUCGAUCCACAACGUGGUGGCGGUGAACAAGGCAGGGCACAGCGGGUGCACGACUCCAAGGGGAUCCAGAGUGUUCAGCUCAGGGACCGACAGGAUCAAGCUCGUGAAAGGACAGAAUUAUUUCAUCUGCAACUUCGUUGGACAUUGCCAAGCUGGGAUGAAGAUAGCCGUCACUGCUCUCUGAAUCGAUCAGUUACUCAGAAAAUCGAAAUGCUUCACCAGCUAUCAGCUGGGUCGACUAUGGCUACAUUUCUUCUCUGUUUUUUUUAUCUCUGUUCUGUUCUGUAAGGUCUUAAUAUUACCUGAAAAAUAAGUGUUGUUGCUGUUUAAUUUAACUGUUUCAGGACCAUCAUCACUGAAAUGGGGUUUCUGAAUGGGAUAUGAGUUAGUACUAAUUAAUUAUGUGGGCGGCUACAAAUCAUAGUCAUGAACCCGUACCGGAGACCGUAUUGGGGAAGUCAGCGGUAUGAUAUUUUAUGAUAAAAUUGUGGUUUAACC